AGUGCACUGGCGAGCGUGAGAAUUGAGAUGCGUGAUCGAUGCGUCGUCGAGCUUUGCACAGUUAUUCUUACAGUUUUGCAAUGUUUUAAAACGUUCUAACACCAGCUGAAUAAAUCUUCCUCGCAUUGUUCGUCAGAUGCUUCGUUGACGACCUCGAGUAUAACCCUCGCCUCCGAUAGUGCCGUGCGGAAACACGCUAAAACACAAAGUACAGGUUAUGUUUAUUGUUUGCGACUGAAUCAAAACACUGCUCGGCGCGCGUGCGACGGCAAUGUCACUGAGAAGUGUCAAAGAAUUUUCAAAACUAGGAAUACGUCAGCAGAACAGACGCGUCAAGCAAUUGUUGGCGUCUCAAGUGAACAGUGCACAAAGACGAACAACAGUCAUGAACAAAUCAAGAAUAAGUGGCCCUUCGAUCAUCAGAAUCGUACCUGCUAGAACCAAAAAAGUGGAGCUAAGCAAACGCGAUGCCGAUACCGUUGUGGUAGGUAGAGCAGCAAAGAGUAUGAAAUUGGAGGAGGCUCCAUCGACCAGUGGUUCACAAGUACAAAGCUUGCCGCACAAAGAGGACCACAAGUACGAGGGUGAAGCGUUAGAACAGUACGAAGAAUAUGAAGUCCUCGAUGAAAAUAUAGAGUACUUGGAAGACGUUGGAGUGGAGACACCGAAACAAGUACUCGUUCCUGUUAAACAGUCUACUGAAAGCUGCUUCUCGACAAUACCUGAAACAAUUAACAAAGCUCACAGCCAGGAGUGUUGUUGCACUUGCAGAGAAACUCUCAACAUCAUUAUGAAGCAACAACAAGAAAUUUUGAAAUGUUUGAAGCAAAGCGAUCCAAGUAUAUUGCCAGUGGAUCGACUGUUAGACCUUUUGCCAACCAUGCCUUUCGACGAUGUCAAUGACUUUUUGGACUUUGACGAAUCACUGGCCAGCAAUGAAAAUGUACAGGACCAAUUUCUUAUAAAAAUAAGAAGACUACUCGUCAGCAAUGAGCAGAAGUCAAUCUCAAAUAUUAUGUCCAGUAUUUUAACAAACCAACUGUGUAGGAGUAUAUCUUGGACUGGAGUUAAAAAUUCCAUCACGUUUGGAACUAGCAACAUGGUUGGUUUGAUAGUUGACCUGGUACAACAUCACCAUAAUCUCGACAUAGACGUCAUCAAGUCGCGGAUAGCUGAGUGGCUCCGCAGGUGCGGAGACAGAAUAACGAAUGAAAUUCGAAAGAACAAAAAGAAAUUAGAGCAAAAUGCUAAGCCGCAAGUUUGAGAGGUUCACUCGCUGGAAAGUGUGUUAAAGUUUAGUUGUAAGAAAUUCUAUUUUCUCAAGAUAAGUACACCGACGCUAUUUAAAGAUGUAAAGUAACUAUAAGCAAAUCCUUUUUUUAUGGAAAGAACAGUCGUUUUUUAUUAACGAGAUUAAUAAAAAUCGUUAAAAAUACA